AUGGCUACAAGCAAUACCAUGAACUUCGGACCAGAAUGGAUGAGACGUUUUCCAAAGACUCCUACGAGCGAAAGCAAUCGUUCUACUUCUCCUACUUUGUCUUCAUCUAAUGUAACGACCAAUUCGUCUACCAUUUCUGCAAGUGCAAAUAUCAAUACAAAUCUUACAAAUAAUACAAAUAGUAAUGGAACGAGUACAUUUUCUUGGUCUUCGGUGGCUGCUGCUAAUAGCAACAAUACUACGUCAAAUCGUUCACUUCAUAGUGAAAUGUCCGAGAAAUCUGAAGUACCCGGUGCGGGUGAAUCUGCAUUAAACCCUUUCAAAUAUUCAAAGGAAUUCAUGCUUAAAUUAUAUAAGCCAGUAGGACUGCCUUUGGAAUUUGAAAGACAUGAAUAUGUUACAAGUGAGGAAGCAUUACAACCAAUGGCCAUGAUAGUGUUAACAGAACAGGAACAAAAGCUUUUAUCAGGCGUGUCUGUUAAUAGUGAGCUUACUCGACGUAUUGUUUCCAAUGCGUCGGUUGGAACGGUUACUGGAGGUGAACGUAUAGAGAGAGAAAGAAUACCAUUUUCUCCUCGUGGCGAGAAACACAUUAGCAGUGGACUAACUUCACCCAGAAGCGAACGUUUCGGUGGUAUUAUUGGUGGAGUACUUAGUGGACGAACAAGUCCUCGCAGCAGUCGUCCACCUAGAUCUCUCAAUUCAACAUCAGUAGAUGAUCCAGGUUGGAAUGGUGUUACACGACAUGCUGUAGGAACUUUUGAUAAUGGGGUUUUCAGAAUCCCUGGAAACAAUGUAGAAGAUGAGACUUUAGAUAAAGUUAAGAAAGAGGAUACCGAACGUGGCAAGAAAAUCGAGCAAGAGCUUGAAAAGAAAAAUCCGACCGACCGAUCGGAUUCAAAUGCCUACAUUAAUUCGUCCCAAAAUGAAAUUGUGACGUCCAAAUCAGAACGAAAAGAAAUGAACAAUAAAUCUAUGAAUGACAUUGAAGAUUCCACGAGACAUGAUUUUACGGAAGAUUUGCAAGAAAACACUUUGAUGCAACUUGGUCUUAAACAGGAAACGCAACAAGAAUGUCAAGUUCAAGAAGAUAAAGUUUUACUAGAUUGGCAAGGUUCGCAAAGUCACCCGAAUCAAGAAACUAAAGAAUCAUCAUUACAACAGAACCAAACAGAAUCUCACCAAGAGGAACAAAACUCGUUUCAACAUUUGCAACAAAGACAUGAAGAAGAACAUCAGUUGUCACGGCAGCAAGGUUAUUGCGAAUCUAAAGAUGAUGAAAAAGACAUUGAACAGGAAUUUAAGCAUGAUAAUGAUCAUGGACUUGAAUUAGAGAGAGAAAAUGAACAAUUAACAUUGGAACAACAAAAUUUAAUAUUGCAACGAUUGCAGCAUCAACAAGAAUUACUGCAACAGCAACAGCAUCAGCAACAACAAUGUCAACAGCAAUUGCUACAACAUCACCAACCACUAUUAUUACAUCAUCGUUUUGACCUAGACCAAGAUGAUGAUGUGUUGAAGGAAGCGUUCGCUUAUUCAAAUUUAGGAGGCAAUACACCACCAUUAUCCCCAACAGGCAAAACUAGUAAAUUUACUUCCGCACAUUCAAAUAUUGGUACUAGUAAUGUUUUUGGUGAUAGUAAUUCUGGGGUUGCAAGUCUUUUUGCUGGUACAGGAAUAAAUGCUGAACCAAGAAAAGUAGCGCUCGAGCAAUGUAAAUGGUUGUACCGUGAUCCGAGUGGUAAUAUUCAAGGGCCAUUUAGUAGUCUGGAAAUGAAUGAAUGGUAUAAGGGUGGAUUUUUUGUUCAUAGUCUUUUAGUUAAAAGGGUUGAAGAUACUACGUUUGAACCUUUAGGUGUUUUGAUACGAAAGACAGGUGAUGAUGAAAAGCCUUUUUCUGCGCCACUGCCUGGUUCAAGACCUCCUUUAACUAUUUCUAUGCCUAAUAAUCCAUCACGUUUGGUUAAUGAUCCAUUCCAAAGAUCUUGGAUUGCUCCUAAUUCGCCUAGUACAGCACAGUUGUUUUUGGAUAAUAAUCAACAGCGAUUUAAUCCUUUUGGUGGAACGACUUCGGUGCCAAAUACACCAUUUGAUAGAUAUCAGUUUGGUAGCGUUUUUGGGCGAAAUGACGUUUCUAGUGGGGGAGGAUGGGGAGAACUGAGCUCAACAAAUAAUAAUGCAUGGGGACAACCAGAUGGUUUCACAUCUAACAACGAAAACUUGUCUCCUCGUGUGCAAGCUCCUAAUUCACCACCACUAUUUAACAAUAAUGCUGCUUCCUUCAAUGUUUCACCACCUCAAAAUUUUUUGGAUCAUCAACGAGCACAUAUUGAGCGUCAACAAUAUGUGAUGCUUCAACAGAGACAAUUACAACAAAGUCAACAUGCUUAUCCGGACACUUUUAUUAGGCAGCAACAACAAAGUUAUAUAGGGUUAUCUGGGCCUGUAUCUGCUCCUAUUACAAAUGCGCCAAAUCCUCCGUUUGUUGACGCUUUAACGAGAUCUGCAGGUUGGCCAACAACUUCUGUUGAACAACCAACUCCCUUAUCACCAUGGGGAGUACCUGGUGUCGGAUCUACUUCUUCGCGUGUUCCACAGUCAGAUGAGAUCGGAUAUUUCAGUAUGAGAAAAGAAAACAAUAUUGGAUUACAACAAUCAUCACAUAUUGAUCAGAUUUCUAGUCGACAUAAUGAGAGACAAUAUGAAAUCAUGGAUGGCAAUGGUCAAGAUCCGUCCAUUGAUCGUAAAAUUAAUGAUGUGGUUGAAUCUAUGACAAAACCUCUCCUCGGAGAUGAGAUACCUUCAAAAAAGGUCGAUGAAAAGGUAAUGAGCGAACAAAAAGUUGAAACACCUUCAAAGAACAUUACCAAUGAAAUGCCUUCGCAUUUUAUUCAGAAAGAAGAAUCGUAUCGUUUAAAACCCUCAUUACGAGAAAUUCAGGCUGAAGAGGAACAACGCAAAAAAAAGCAAGAAAAAGAAAAAUUGGCUUCCAUCGCUCAACAAACUUCCAACCAAAUUAUUGUCAAGAAUCCUCAACCACCAAAGAAUAAUGGAUUAACAUGGGGAAAUAAUAGUCCUGUCACUCCUUCAUCAGCUCCAUGGGCAAAAGAUGAUGAUCAUAGUACUCACAAAACUCCUUCACUACGCGAAAUUCAAGAAAUGGAAGCUCGCAAAUCCGCUGAACGUAAAGCUGCUGCGUCCACGGUUACUACUCAUUCCACCGUAAUGAUUUCAAAGGAAGAAUCAACACCCUCAAAUUCUUCUUGGGGAAUCAUUGGUCAAAAUUCAUCCAAUACAUCUAGUUCGUCCUCUCUUUCUACUUCUCCUGUUGUUACUACACUAGCAUGGCAGUCAAACAAUUCUGCUCCUAAAAAAACGCUUAGAGAAAUUCAAAAAGAAGAGGAAGAAGCAAUGAAAAGACGUAACAGAAUACGUGAAAUGCAGCAACAAGCUUUAAUUGGAUCCAAUUCUGGAGCUGGAUCAGCUGCCACAAAUAGUAUGGGAAAACGCUAUGCAGAUACAGUAGCCACAGGAAAUGGAGCAAAGAAGCCCGGAUCUAUUUCUAUGAAUACUGCAUGGACAACUGUUGCUAGCAAGUCGAGCAAUCGCGCAAUUACUGCAGUAUCUCCUCAACCUAAUAACGCUACUAUAAAUGUGAUAUCAAAGCCCAGCGGUAAAGAUUCUGCCAUAGCUUGGGAUAUGGACUCGCAUAAGGCAACCUCUGUCAACUUGAAUUUGUCAAAGACUUCAGGCAACGGCAGUGUUAUUAAUGCUAACAAUUCCAAUGAACAUUUUACGCCUCGUUCUCCUUCGGAAGAAUUUUUAAAAUGGUGUCGUCAAACUUUACGUGGGUUGAAUGAUGUGAACGUUGAGGAUUUUAUUCAGAUGUUGCUUACAUUUCCACUUGACCCUCCUUCCGCCACUAUUGAAAUCAUACAAGAUUCGAUUUAUGCUAAUUCGUCAAUUCUAGAUGGUCGAAGAUUUGCUGAUGAAUUUGUCAAGAGACGUAAGGCAGACGCUAGCGGGAAAGAAAAAACAUUAAGAACAACAUGA